GUCACUGCUCUGUUCUGCGCGUAAUCCCUAACUAGCAAGCUCCUGUAUCCCCUAUAUUAUAUAUAGUCUUGAAGUAGAACCUCUUACUAGUUGCUCUGCUUCCACUGCUCCUCACGAUAAUGAGCUACUCUGCAAUGGCUUUCUCCCCUGCUCCUCGUCCUUCUUCUAUGCUUCUCUUCCUCUCCCUCCUCCACCUCCUCGCUCUGCAGUCCUCCGCCAUCGUCCCCCGCAUGCUCUUCCUCGUCCCCCAGCAGCCCCUCGUUCUCAACUACCACAAAGGCGCCCUCCUCAAGGGCAACUACUCCCUCAACCUCCUCUUCUACGGCCGCUUCUCCCCCGCCCAACGCUCCAUCGUCGCUGACUUCGUCCGAUCCCUCUCUGCCACCUCCGUCCGACCCCCCUCUGUCGCCUCCUGGUGGUCCACCACCUUCCUCUACUCCCCCGUCGGCACCAUCCGUCUCUCCCUCGGCCGGGUCUUUCUCGACGACGCCUACUCCCUCGGUAAGUCCCUCGCCCACUCCGACCUCGUGACCCUCGCCGCCCGCGCCGCCCCCCAUCGCUCCUCCAUCACCGCCGUCCUCACAGCACCGGAAGUCCUCGUCGACGGCUUCUGCGUCAGUCGCUGCGGCUUCCACGACUACGCCCGAGCCGGCCGGCGCGGCCGCUCCCGGUACGCGUACCUGUGGGUGGGCAACCCGGCGACGCAGUGCCCCGGCGAGUGCGCGUGGCCUUUCGCGAAGCCGAUAUACGGGCCGCAGACGCGGCCCCUGGUCCCGCCCAACGGCGACGUCGGCGUCGACGGGCUCAUCAUCAGCCUGGCCACGCUGCUGGCCGACACGGUGACCAAUCCGUACGGAGACGGCUACUUCCAGGGCCCGCCGACGAUGCCCAAUGAGGCGGUCACGAGCUGCACCGGCAUAUUCGGCGCCGGCGCCUUCCCGGGCUAUCCGGGGAACCUGCUCGUGGACCCCACGACCGGGGCCUACUACAACUCGCUCGGAUUGGCGGGGAGGAAGUACCUGCUUCCUGCCAUGUGGGACCCGAAGACGAAGCAGUGUAAGCCCCUCGUGUAGGCUGUCGAAGAAGCGAUCAUGGAACAAUAAAAUAGAGUCACGCCGCUGUUAUUUCUUAUGUACCAUGAUCGUAUACAUCUGCAUUUAUAUAUAGUUGGAUUUUUGCUGUUUCUGAAGACGUCGGAGUCAGAUAUGUUCAUCCUUGUUUAUUCUUCUUCUUCUCUGUUCCUUGUACUGUUUAAUUAAUAGUAAAUUGGCUUUCCUUGUGUU